AUGCCGUCCAAGGUCUACCGGUCGCCAUACCCAGAUAUCAAAAUUGAGUCGGUCGAUCUGGUCAAAUAUUUGUUCUCCAACCCUUUCAAUACUCCUCUGAAUAAGCCCAUUUUUGUCGACGCUCAGUCAGAAAGGCAAUAUACAUUUGGAGAUGUGAUUCAGCGUACACGGUCGCUGGCCAACGGCCUCCAGCAGAAUUUCGAGUUGAAGCCCAACGAGAUCGUGGCACUUUUCAGUCCAAACACGAUUGAAUAUCCGCUUGCAUGCUACUCGAUUAUCGGCUCGGGCUCUAUUCUCGCGCCUACCAGUGCAGCUUUAACCCCAUUGGAGUUGAACGCACAACUGAAAACGAGUGGUGCCCGUCUGAUCAUCGUGCACUCAACACUUCUGGAAACAGCGAGGAAGGCAGUUAAGGGAACUUCGGUGGAGAAGAUAAUCCUCUUGGAUGGCCCCUCGCCCGUGGAUGGUCAAGCGACUUGCGAAUACCUUGCUACCACAUCCACCCCUGCUCCCCUGAAGGAGAUCUCACCCAGGGAAGCCUCGACGAAAACAAUCUUCAUCUGCUUUUCUUCGGGCACUUCAGGGCCAUCAAAAGGCGUUAUUACUACGCAUCAGAAUCUCACAUCCAACCUGCAGCAAUGGCGGGCUCACAUGAUGGAUUCAGGCCAGCCUUCUCAGCAAGUCAAACGUAACGCCGCCAUCGCAUUUCUCCCAUUCAGUCACAUCUACGGUCUGAAUCUGUAUAUGUGCCAAUGCCUUAUAUGGGGAGCAACAGUGGUCAUUAUGCCCCGCUUCGACUUGGAUACGUAUCUCGGCUGCAUCGAAAAGUAUCGCCCGGAUGAGCUUGCAUUAGUGCCACCAAUCGCUUUGAUGAUGGUGAAGGAUCCCCGCGUGAAGAAGUACGACCUGAGCAGCGUCAAACACAUUCUGUCAGCCGCUGCACCUCUUACAAAUGAAUUAUCCUCGGCCUUGGAGGCCAAGUUUAAGGAGCUUUGCGACACCGAGGUAUUCUGUACUCAAUCCUGGGGGCUGACUGAGACUUCUCCAAUGGCAACUGCUAUCCCUAAUAAUCGCAUGGACAAGAGAGAGUCGGGUGUCGGGUGUAUCACUCAUAAUAUGGAGUUUCGAUUCGUGGAUCCUGAAACAAUGGAAGAUGCAGCCACCAAGUCGGAUGGAUCGACAGAGCCCGCUGAGAUCUGGUGUCGGGGACCUAAUGUGACUCAAGGUUACUAUAACAAUGAAGACGCUACCAAAGGAGCCUUCCACGUUGACCCUGAUGGGACAAAGUGGUUCCGUACAGGCGAUAUUGGAGUCAUCGAUAAGGAGGGAUAUGUCACCAUCCAGGAUCGCAUCAAGGAAAUGAUCAAAUACAAGGGUCUGCAGGUUGUCCCGAGUGAGUUGGAAGGAAAGCUGAUCGAUCAUCCGGACGUUGAAGAUGCGGGAGUGGUCGGUAUGUGGGUGGAUGAGAUGGCCACUGAGCUGCCAGUUGGAUUUGUGGUGCUGAGUGGUCAAGCCCGAGGCCGGGAGGUCAGUGCUGUCCUCUGCGAGAUUCAUUCUUGGCUAAAUCCGAAGAUCGCCAACCACAAGCGGCUACGUGGUGGGAUACAUGUGCUGGAUCAGAUCCCGAAGAGCCCUAGUGGUAAGAUUCUGCGGAGACAGCUGAAAGAAAUUCUGAAAAGCAAGAAACUCAAGGCUCAACUGUGA